AUACAGAGACACACAAAGACAACUGGCCACCGCUGUCAACAGUGUGACAAAGCCUUCCUCUCACAACAUGAUCUAAGGAGUCAUCUGAGAUCUCACACUGGAGAGAGACCAUACAUCUGUGACCAGAGUGGAAAAGCAUUUUCACGGAAGACUUACCUUAACCAUCACCAAGAAAUUCACAGAGGAAAGAAACAAUACAGCUGUGACCAAUGUGGAAAAAGUUUCACUAGGGAGAAAAACUUAAAUGACCAUCGACAAAUUCAUACAGGAGAAAAACCAUACAGUUGCGAUCACUGCAGGAAAAGUUUUACUAGCAAGAGUUCCUUAAACAGACAUCGACAAAUUCAUAUAGGAGAGAAACCUUACAGCUGUGAUUCCUGCAGAAAAAGUUUCACUAGCAAGAGUUCCUUAAACAGACAUAGACAAAUUCAUGCAGGAGACAAACCUUACAGCUGUGACCUCUGUGGAAAAAGUUUCACUGAAAACAGUUCCAUAAGCAAGCACCGACAAAUUCAUACAGGAGAGAAACCAUACAGCUGCGAUCAAUGUGGAAAAAGUUUCACAUGGAAGAAUAAUUUAAAAAGGCAUCAACGAAUUCAUACAGGAGAGAAACCUCACAGCUGUGAUUACUGUGGAAAAGGUUUCAGCAGCAAGAGGUCCCUAAACAGGCAUAGACAAAUUCAUACAGGAGAAAAACCUUACAACUGUGACCUCUGUGGAAAAAGCUUCAUUUGGAAGAAUAACUUAAAAGAGCAUCGACGAAUUCAUACAGGAGAGAAACCAUACAGCUGCGAUCACUGUGGGAAAAGUUUCACAUGGAGGAGUUACUUAAAUCAGCACCGACGAAGUCAUACAGGAGAAAAACCGUACAGCUGUGACCUCUGUGGAAAAACUUUCGCUAGGGAGAAUAACUUAAAUGAGCAUCGACAAAUUCAUACAGGAGAGAAACCAUACAGCUGUGAUCACUGUGGAAAAACUUUCACUUUGAAGAGAAGCUUAAAUGAGCAUCGACGACUUCAUACAGAACAACCUUACAGCUGUGAUUACUGCAGAAAAAGUUACACUACCAAGAAGUCCUUAAACAAGCAUCGACAAAUUCACACAGGAGAGAUACCUUACAGCUGUGACCUCUGUGGAAAAAGUUUCAUUUGGAAGAAUAGCCUAACUGAGCACCGACAAAUUCAUACAGGAGAGAAACCAUACAGCUGUGAUCACUGUGGAAAAAGUUUUACAUGGAGGAAUUACCUAAAUCGGCACCGACGAAUUCAUACA